AGGACGCAACAACUACUGGGACCGCUAGCAAAACAGGACUGUUCAACCCUGACGGUCCAACAACCGGGCGUUUCACUGACCGGGAGAAUUAGAACAAAAACAAAGUAUCAUUCAUGGAAAUAAAAUAGACAUCUGGUUCAUUUUCUUUUUUAUUUUGUUUUUUUGUUUGUUGUCUGAUCAGAAGACAAACACCGGAGCUCCAAAAUGGCUGAAAUGACCAAUUUAAGACCAACCUAUGAUGUCUCGCCAGUGUUGGCAGGCUUCCUGGGUGCCGGGGUGCUGGUCGUCUCGGUGACGGUCGCCGUGUUCCUGUGGACCUGCUGCCAGCGUCGCUACCGGCGACUGACGGGGGCCUACAAGCUGAACAGCGGGCCGUACGACCCCCCCGUGGACCCCCCUUACAAGUUCAUCCACAUGCUCAAGGGCAUCAGCAUCUACCCCGAGUCGCUCAGCGGCAGCAAGAAGAUCGUCCGCGCGGGCCGUCGCCACGGCAAGGGCGGGCCCUCGUCCUCCUCGUCCUCCUCGGCCUCCUCGUCGGCCGCGUCGUCCCUGACAUCGUCGCUGCGCGACUGGCGCUACAGCUUCGGCGGCGGCGGCAACGGCGAAGGCGGGCGCGGCAACGUGAUGGUGGACGCCGACCCCGAGGGAGGCUUCCUGGGCGGCGGCGCGCACCUGCAGAUGAACCCGCUGGUGGUGCCCCCCUGCGGCGUGCCCAGGCUGGAGCGGGCGCUGCCCAUCCGCGCCGACUACUGCUGCCUGGAGAGCUCCAACGGCAACGGCAACGGCUGCGGCAGCGAACCGGGCAGCAAGUCGUCCUCGCCCCGCUGCCCGGCCGCCGUGGUGAACCUGGGCGCGCUCAGCCUGGCCGUGGACUACAACUUCCCCAAGAAGGCGCUGGUGGUGACCAUCCUGAGCGCCCAGGGCCUGCCGGCGGUGGACGAGCAGGCGGGCAGCUCGGACCCCUACGUCAAGAUGACCAUCCUGCCGGAGAAGAAGCACCGCGUCAAGACCCGCGUGCUGCGCAAGACGCUGGAGCCCGUGUUCGACGAGACCUUCACCUUCUACGGCGUGUCCUACAGCACGCUGUCCGAGCUCACGCUGCACUUCCUGGUGCUCAGCUUCGACCGCUUCGCCCGCGACGACAUCAUCGGGGAGGCCGUGGUGCCGCUGACCGGCGUGGACCCCAGCACCGGACGCGUGCACAUCAACCAGCCAAUCACCAAGAGGAAUGUUCAGUGUGACAGCCGUGGAGAGCUGCUGGUGUCUCUCUCCUACCAUCCUGCCACCCAGCGGCUCAACGUGGUCGUGCUGAAGGCCAAGCACCUGCCCAAGAUGGACAUCUCUGGACUGUCUGGCAACCCGUACGUGAAGGUGAACGUGUUCUACGGCCGCAAGCGCAUCGCCAAGAAGAAGACGCACGUGAAGAAGGGCACGCUCAACCCCGUCUUCAACGAGUCCUUCAUCUACGACGUGCCCGCCGAGCUCAUGCCCGACCUGUCCGUCGAGUUCCUGGUCAUCGACUUCGACCGCACCACCAAGAACGAGAUGGUGGGCCGCGUGGUCCUGGGCGGGCAGAGCCCGGUGCCCACCGGCGUCACCCACUGGCGCGAGGUCUGCGACAACCCCCGCCGGCAGAUCGCCAAGUGGCACAACCUGGAGGAGUUCUAGACCACCGAGUGCCCGCUGCCGUUGCCUUGCCCAGCAAGAGGUGGAGGAGGUGGGGAGGGGGAGGGGGGCAUGAGUGCCUAUCCCUCUACCACCCCCCUUCAUCCCAAAACACAUAAAAGAUUUAGUUGAAAUAGAGAAGACCCCCCACCCUCACCCGAACUCCCCAGUCCCAUUAGACAUUCCCUCUUCCCGAUAUGAGACACUAUGCCCCGCCUCCCUUGUCAUGUUGACAGGUACUGAACCCAAUCACCUGACACCCUUGAGACUUCCUCCCUCCCUCUUAUCCAAUCCCUGCCCAAUCAGAGACAAAACUGCACUUAAGGACAGAACUCACGCCACGCCUAUGAGAUACCUGCCCCCAGCCCCACCACCCCCCACCCCAACCCCAACUCCA